AUGACUAUCGAAAGUUUCUCUAUAGAGUAUGACGCCAACAACAAGGACAACGUGUUUUCAAGAGGAGACAGCAUCAGGGGGAGGGUGGUCCUGGAGCUGCCCAAAGAGACCAAAUUUCAGUUUCUUGUUAUUAAGGCAAAGGGGAAAGCGUCUGUGAAGUGGACUGAACACUAUGGACCGAGACUACACAUAACCUACUAUUCUAAAGAAAAGUACUUCUCCAUUGAAAAACAACUCCUGGAUGAUGCGAGUGGUUCUAAAUUGAUACCGGCGGGGAGACAUGUCUUCCCUUUUACUUUUGAAAUUCCAAUAUUGGAGUUACCGUCGUCUUUCAAGGGCAAACAUGGGAAAAUCAUUUAUCGCCUGGAAGCACGAGCGGGCAGAUCAAUGAGACUGGAUCGCAAAGCCAGAGAAGAAUUCUUUAUUCUUUUCAAUGAAGACCUGUCCACUCCUGAUCUCAUGAAACCUCAGUUCAUCUGCAGUGAGAAGAAGUUGUUUUCAUCUGGAAAUGUAACUUUGAACGUGCAGACAAAACAAAUGGGAUACCUGCAAGGAGAUAAAAUAGAAGUUCACACAGAAAUCCUUAAUAAUUCGAACAAGCCAAUCACACCCAAGUACGUCCUGUAUGAGAAGCAGACUUUCUAUACAAAACUGAAGAGGAAGGUUUACACUAAAGACAUCAUUAAGGAGAAAGGUCAGGCCGUUGGAGCGAGGAGCCAGCUGAACGACACCCGAGUGCUGUCCAUCCCACACCUUCUGCCCCCCACGCUUCUCAGCUGCCCCAUCCUCAAACUGGAGUACAAACUCAAGGUGGUGCUCGAUGUGUCGUUAAUCGGAAAUGUGGAGGCAAAGCUGCCGAUCAUCGUGAUGAGAGAAUCCAAGAUGCUGGAAGAGCAAAACCAGCACGAGAGUUUGUUUGGAUAG